UGGUGGCUCCUGCUGAUCGUCAUCCUCCUCCUCGUCGCACUUAUGACGAUCUACCAUCGUCAGAUCGUCGACUGGCUCACGCCGUUUUCAAAGAAGAUACAGACCAUCCCCGCUGGCUGGCUCAUCCCCGUCGCCAUUCUCUUCAUCAUCUCAUUCCCCCCGCUCUUUGGCCACGAGAUUGUUGCUGUCCUGUGCGGCGUAGUUUACGGCCUCUGGAAAGGCUUCGGCAUCGUCGCGCUCGGCACGCUGCUCGGCGAGAUUGGCAACUUUUACGCUUUCAAGUCGUUCCUGAGUGGACAUGCGACUCGUUACGAGCGCAAGAACAUAAACUAUGCCUGCAUGGCGCAUAUUGUGCGCGAAGGCGGCUUCUUUGUCAUAUUCCUCGCCCGCCUCUCAGCCAUCCCGGGCCAUUUCACCACCGCUGUCUUUGCCACAGUCGGCAUGAGCGUCUGGAUCUUUAUCCUGGCCGCUGUGCUAUCCAUGCCCAAGCAGCUCACCAUCGUCUACCUCGGCUGGGUUAUCGAGCAGAGCGGAAACAGCAGCAACGAGCCGACAAGCAGCAAGAUCGUAAAGUACGUCGUCCUCUUAGUGAGCGUGCUCAUCACCCUUGGCGCGGGCUGGUACCUGUACGGCAAGAUGUAUGAGGCCCGCCCCGAGGUG